CAUUAAACGCUUGCCAACACUGCCACAAUUUGUUUGGUUCUGCUUGUGUGAAAAUUGCGGCAUACGUUAAAUAAAUCAACAAAUUGUAAAAACAAUGCACCGCACCGAGCAAACUUUCGAGGACCUUAAGUCAUAUUUCCGUUCGCACAGCAAAAUACGCGAACAGCGUCCACAUGUGUCCAAGGUGCAUUCAGUUUGCUGGAACGCCAAUGGCUGCAAUUUGGCAUCGGGCUCAUUUGACAAAACAGUUGCUGUGUACACACUAGAGCGCGAUCGUUUCGUCAAGAGCAAUGUGUAUAGGGGUCACACUGCUUCUGUGGAUCAAUUGUGCUGGCACAAAACGAAUCCGGAUCAAUUUGCCACAGCGAGUGGCGAUAAAACUGUGCGCAUUUGGGACAUUCGAGUGGGAAAAUGCGUUUCGGUUACGAAUACCAAAGGCGAAAAUAUAAAUAUUGCCUGGUCAUCGGAUGGCAAAACAAUUGCAGUAGGCAACAAGGAGGAUCUAAUCACAUUCAUUGACACGCGCACCAACAAAAUCCGGGUUGAGGAACCGUUUAGCUUUGAGGUCAACGAGAUCUCGUGGAACAACACCAAUGAUUUGUUCUUUUUGACCAAUGGCAUGGGUUGCAUGCACAUUCUUAACUAUCCGAGUCUGGAGCAUCAGAUUACGCUUAAGGCGCAUCCAGCUAACUGUAUCUGCAUCGAAUUCGGACCUACAGGUAAAUAUUUUGCCACUGGCUCGGCGGAUGCUCAAGUCUCACUCUGGGAUGCCAAUGAGCUGGCCUGCCUGCGUAUGAUCAGUCGCCUGGAAUGGCCCGUGCGCACCAUAUCCUUCAGCCAUGAUGAGCGUCUGAUAGCCUCGGCCAGCGAGGAUCUGGUCAUUGACAUUGCCUACACGGAAACGGGCGAAAGGGUUACCGAUAUCCAUGUGGAUGCAUCCACAUUUACGGUAGCGUGGCAUCCCAAACAAUAUCUACUGGCCUAUGCCUGCGACGAGAAGGAUGUGGGCGACAGGCGUCGGGAUAUGGGCAACGUUAAGAUAUUUGGGUUUCCAGAGUAAGACUUAUUAUCAAGACAGCACACUUUUGUAGCUAAAUAACGUACCAUAGUUUUUAAAUAAACAUUUAUAUAUGUAUAUGUCACGA